AUGUCUACUACUAUAGACAUACAGAAUAAAUGUCCGCUUGGAGGAGGGAGUACAUGUCAGGAAAAUUCCCAGAUCAGAGCUAGAAAAGAUGUAGUAAAAGAUGCUACAGAUUAUGAAUACUGUACACAUUACUUCCUUUUUGGACAAUGGAUAGGCCAACUUAAUUACGGUGAGAAGCCCCUUAAAAUAUGGGAUGUAAAAAUACAAUACACUCCAUUUAACUCUAGGUACACUAGAUCAGAGGUUGUUACCGUCUAUUAUCGUAAAGAUAGUAACAGGAAUCGUAUAAAGGUUCCUCUCAUUCUUGGAAUUAAGGAGAGUAAGAGUGAUGGGUAUAGAUGGUAUGAGAAUCUAGGUAAAGGUAAUACAAUAUGGAAGGAGAUUAAUGAUACUAGUGGAUUCCCUAAAAGUGACACAGAUCCAGCAAACUCCCAGUUCAAGGAUAAGCUAGAUGAACUUGCAUGUAAACUACAGAACAUUGUUGAAAUAAAUCUCUCCAAAGAUAAAGAUGAGGAGUAUUGUCAUAGUCAUGACAAUGAUGGAGUCUACACUAAGAAGAUAAAGGUUCGACUUAAUCCUGACACAUUCGACUUCCCCAAUUAUGUCACAUUUGAUCAUACUCCAAACACUUCGGAUACAGGAAAUAAUGAGCUUACCAUAGGUGGAUUUAACAUUGGAGGUACUCCACAAACUGGUUUCUCAGUAUUGAAUUUCCCUAUUACAGCUACUAAGAUUACGGUAUUUGUGCCAGCAUGUGAUCAUAGUAAGCCCUUUCUUUUUCACAUAAAUUCCAAUGACCAGAAUAAUAAGUGGUUUAAGAAUACUGGUGGAGACACUUGGGUAGAUGUUACCAGUAAUUCCAACUUUAACAAGAAAACACCAGACCAAGCCAACGAACAUCUUAAGACAAACUUUAAAACUCUUACAGGGAAUUUAAGUAUACAACAAUGUAAUGCCCCUAGUGAGGUAAAACUGGAUAUAAAAAGAAUUCCAUCGAGUGGAAGGGAUGAGACAGUAUAUUUUGAUGGUAAGAAUCCAAUACUUGUUAAGAAAGUUGAUGGGAACAGUAUACCUAAUGUAUUCCUAAAGUAUUCUCACAAACCUGUCACUGAUAAUAGUAAAACUUUCACUGUAAGCAAAGAUCUACAGAAUAAAGGUGUAAUAGGAACAAGCGUACAUAAGAAGGUUAAAGAUUUUUUUGUCUACUUCUGGGAGAGUGAAACUAGUAGGCCUAUCCUAGUUGGAAUUACUAAGGGUAGUGAUCAACCAAAGUACUAUAGCAGGCGCAAUAAUAGCAAUGAAAACUGGAUGAAUACCAAUGUGGUUGGUAUGAGUGAAAGAGAGGCACUUGAUGAUCAAAAUUGUAAUAGAAACGGUGCCAUCCCAUUUGAAAUUAGCAAGCCAGAAGAUCCAUCUCAGUUUGUUUCUAAGGCAAAAUCAUCAGCAUGUAUAAACACUACCAGGACAAUCACAGGUCCUACUACAAAUUUCCUUUUCGUUGAUAACAAAUAUAACAUCAAAGAAUAUACCGUUCAUAAUCAUGACAAUAGUUUUCCUGGUAGUUUUAUUGGCACUCAAAUAUCCAGAGUUACAUUCGGAGGAGAAGAUACUACUGGUAUUAAACUUCCACAAGGCUAUACAGUCUCUAAGAUUAGGGUAUACUCGCAUGAACCCACUAGUGCUCCCCUGAUGCUCCAGUUCAUUAAGAAGGAUAGAAUAGAAGAGUCUACAUGGUUUGAGAGUAAAGACAGUAAUGGUCUUACUUGGGCAAAACUUGGUAAUAGAUCCAGUGGAUUCUAUGGUCCAGAUGGUAUGCCUACUGAGAAGCUUACAACUGGACUUGAUGAUGUUAGGUGCUUAUGUAACAAUGAAGUUGUUAUGGAUCUUACAAAGUCAUAUUCUGAGGCACUGACUAACUAUUGUUGCAACAGUCAUAAGGGUACUGGGCAAGAAAAUAUUACUGUAACUUUCCAACCAAUUUCUUUCAUUACUUCAUCCAUUCCAUGUUACAAACAUGAUAUUAAUAAUGGAAUUACACUAAUAGGGAUGAAGUAUUAUGAGGAUAGAGAUCAUAGUCAAAGAAAGAUGGUAGUAUUGAACACAAAAGAGUUUCCCAUUCAAGGCUCACUCAGUGUCUACACAUUCUACUGUAUGACUCAAAAACCAGUUCUAAUUUAUGUUAAUUCACCUGGACAUAGUUCAGUAACUGGAUGGUACCAGGAAAGUACCACUAGUGACAAUUCUCAAUGGAAUAAGCUCUCCAAUGAACUCCCUGAUGAGAUACCUGACAAUUUCAAAGAAUGUGACAAAAAGACUAAACUUGUACAACUACUCGGAGUAUUAGGUUGCCCUAAUUCAUGGCAUUGUUCUCAAAGCUCUGGUGGCACUACUACAGUGCAGGUUACCCAUAGAACUACUCUAUCCUCAUCUCUACAAGGGUCUCCUGGUGAUGGACCUGCUAGUAAAGGUUCUAGAAGUAGUGAACUUGGUAGUGAUUGUAAAGGAGAAUAUGGAGUAUGUCAUAGUCCACCCGAUGAACAAGAAGAGGAAGGACCUACUGCUGGAUAUAGUCCAGAAAAGAAAGAUGAAAAAUCUGAUAAAUCUACUGAAGAAAAGAAACCUGAAGAAGUUUCUGCUCCAUCUGGAGCUGGUAAAGGAGCUAUUCCUCCUGGUCAAGAAGGCUCUCCUGCUGUUCCUAAACCUCCUCAAGCUCCUGUUUCUGGACCUAGAGGGGGCACUUAUAAGGGAACUAUAAGUUCCAGUUCGUCACAUGAUUGGAAUUCUGGCUUUAAAAAAUUGUCUAGAAAAAUCCGUGUUCGAGUGGCACCCCUUUUUCCAACCAGUGUUAAACCUAUUGCCUCCGAAGGUACAAAACACACUCAACAACCUGAAGCUUCUGCUGUUAAACCUGUCGAUAGUGAUAAAAGUGCUCCUCCUGAUGACCAAACUAAUGGUGAAGGUAAUACUGCUGCUCGAUCAGUCCCUGAUUCUGGAACUUCUCCAGGCUCUAACUCUUCUGACCCUGAUGGUUGGGUUAAGACUACCCUUUCUGUUCUAACUGGUACUCUUGCCGGAGCUGGCUCUCUUACUGGCUUUGGUUGGUGGAUCUACAAACGUUAUAAAGGAGAUCCCUGGGUUAGACAUGGGUAUUCUAUAGACCGUUUAAAGAAUGUACCAUAUUGA